GUUGUAAGUGUGCGCUACCUUAUUUCUCUCUGCGUAGACUUUACUUGGCACCCGCCCUUCACCUUCCUCACUCAGUCAACUUCACUUUCUCUCUCUCUUUCUCUCUCAAGACUGUUGCAAAUGGAGAAGCUGUUGAGCUCGUCCUCCGACCAUGAAAUACUCAACCUUCUCUCUGACGGUUUCUGCCAUCACUGCCACCAUCUUUUGCAUCACCGCCUUACACUCCUUCGUAACAAAAGAAAGUUGAAUGGGACGCUAUACCUUGAUGAAGGCUUGGAGUCUUCUAGAGAUAUAAGAGACAACCAUGUGAAUGGAAGUUCUUCAAACUCAGAAUCUUAUAGUAAAAGGAACCGAAAGCAGAAGGAUAGUUCGAGUAAUGGACACCAUUUUGAUUCUUCUUCACCUGAAUCCUUGGGUAGCAAACAAUCUGAUUUCGAGUUGUGGAUAAACGACGGGAUUGGUGGGGAUUCUAAAUUUGGAAAUGAAGAAUUGGAUAAACAAAAAGAGUGUAUAAGGUAUUCCCAAGUUCAAUGUAAGAAGGACUUUAGCCUCAUUGAAAGGGUAGAUGGGAAAUCGAUUAAUGUGCUCCAAGGACUUGAACUUCAUACUCAGGUUUUCAAUCCUAUGGAGCAGAGGAAAAUUGUUGAGUGUAUAUACAGAUUACAAUGGAGGGGAAUGCAAGGGAAGCUUAAAGAACGCACAUAUUCAAAGCCUAAAAAGUGGAUGCGAGGUAAAGGGCGCGUCACAAUUCAAUUUGGUUGCUGUUACAAUUAUGCAGAGGAUAAAAAAGGAAAUUCUCCGGGAAUUGUCAAAGAUGAAGAAGUUGAUCCUUUACCAUCUUUGUUCAAGCAAAUGAUAAAGAGAAUGGUUAGGUGGAACAUUGUUCCUUCCACCUGCAUUCCUGAUAGUUGCAUUGUGAACAUCUAUGAUGAAGGGGACUGCAUUCCACCUCAUAUCGAUCACCACGAUUUUCUGAGGCCAUUUUAUACCGUGUCAUUCUUGAAUCAGUGUGACAUACUCUUUGGAAAAAAUUUGCAGGCACUUAGUCCCGGAGAGUUUUCCGGACCGGCUUCCAUUCCUUUGCCCGUCGGGUCAGUGUUUGUCAUUAAUGGCAAUGGAGCUAAUAUUGCUAAGCAUUGUAUUCCAUCUGUCAAGUCUAAAAGAAUUUCCAUUACCUUUAGAAAGAUGGAUCCAAAGAAGGUACCAUACAAAUUUUUACCGGAUCCAGAGCUAGAGGGUAUCAAGCCACGUUUCAUUUCAUCUCCUAAGAAACCCGUUAUAGAAAUCCAACAACAGAAGGCUCAAAGUGCUGAAUCUGAAUCUGAAUAUGAGACAUUUUCCAAGAACAGAAAAAAAAUGUUUAAUGUGGAAGGUGAAGUUCCUCCCCUCAAUGGUAUUGGUAGGCAUAGCUUUGGGAAAUUUAAGGUCAACAAAUUUGGACACAUGCAAUGAGUUUCAGUGGACCUGUUUCAUUUUUCUGUAUUGUAAAUAUCGACUAUGCUAUGUGUAUACCAAAAUCAGUCACUAAAGUCAGUCACUAGUAUAAAAUAUAUAUU